CAAGAAGAAAGUGGGGAAAAAAGUGAAAGUGAGCAAAGCUCCGGCGGUGGUGGAUGUCUUGUCCCCGAAGGAGAUGAGCAAGGAGCAGCUGGAGAAUCACGUUAUGCGUCUUCGGGAGGAGCUGGACCGGGAACGGGAAGAGCGCAACUAUUUCCAGUUGGAGCGUGACAAGAUUCACACCUUCUGGGAGAUCACCCGCGGGCAGCUGGAGGAGAAGAAAGCAGAGCUGCUGAACAAGGACCGCGAGAUGGGGGAGGCGGAGCAGCGGCAUCAAGUGGAGAUCAAGCUUUACAAGCAGAAGGUGAAGCACUUGUUGUAUGAGCACCAGGAAAACCUCACCGAGCUGAAGGCGGAGCGCACCGUGUCCGUGAAGCAGGCUCAGAGGGAUCACUGGACCCAGGAGAUGGAGCUGCGGAAAGACAUGCGCUGCUUGAAAGUGGAGCUGAAGGAGCAGGAGCUGGCCAACGAGGAGAUGGUGAAAAGCAUGCGCCUGAAACAAGAGGAGGAGAUCACGCGGCUGUGCGACGACUUCGAGAGACAAGUGAAAGAGAUCGAGGCCAAGUACACCCAGAAGAUGGAGAUGCUGCGGGACAAGCUUGACUUGCGGAGGAAGACUGAGAUCCACGAGGUGGAGGAGAGGAAGAACAGCCAGAUCAACGAGCUGAUGAGGAACCACGAGAAGGCCUUCAACGACCUCAAGAACUACUACAACGAUAUCACCCUCCAAAACCUGACGCUCAUCAACUUGCUGAAGGAGCAGAUGGAGGAGAUGAAGAAGAAAGAAAAUCACUUGGAAAAGGAGAAGGCGGAUGUGCUGCUCCAGAACAAGCAGCUGAAGGAGCCUCUGCAGCAGGCCGAGGAGCAGGUGUCUGAGCUGCAGAAGAAGUUGGCCCGCUAUGACAAGGACAAGGAGGCCCUGAUGAACACAAAAGCCCGUCUGAAAGUCACCCAAAAGGAACUGAAGGACCUUCAGUGGGAACACGAAGUGCUGGAGCAGAGGUUCAGUAAGGUGCAGGCGGAGCGAGACGAGCUCUAUCAGAAGUUCACCAAAGCCAUUAAGGAGGUGCAGCAGAAGACGGGGUUCAAGAACCUGCUGCUGGAGCGCAAGCUGGAAGGACUCCUCGGCGUCCUGGAGAAGAAGGAGCUGGAGAUCAGCGCGGCCUUCACAGCCUCCAACCUCGACUCAGGCGCCCUCUCCUUGGUCUCAGACAAGCUGGAGGUACCGUGGGCUGCUGUGGGGCCCUGUGAAGGCUCGUCCUGGGGGGCAGAGGCUGCUCUGGGGUGA